AUGGAUAGCAUAUCAGAUUCCGUUUCCGAAGGUCUCUCUUCACCGGAAUUGUCACAUCGUAGCAGUGAAUCAUAUCAAACAAAUUCUAAACUAAAAUUCUCCAUACAGAAUAUUUUAAGACCAGAUUUCGGUAAGCAACAUGAGACAGCUCUAAAACCAUGUGCAUCAACAACACCGGAUAGUAUGAAUACAGUAUUUCCAGCUUGGAUAUAUUGUACCCGAUAUUCCGAUCGACCAAGUUCAGGUCCAAGGUCACGUCGAACAAAACGGAAGGAAACAAAUCUCAACGAUGAUGAAAAGCGACCACGCACAGCAUUUACUGCUGAACAACUGGAACGAUUGAAACAACAAUUCAUGGAUAACCGGUAUCUCACCGAGAAACGGCGUCAGGAACUGGCACAUGAGCUUGGUUUGAACGAAUCACAGAUUAAAAUAUGGUUCCAAAACAAACGAGCAAAACUGAAGAAAGCAUCCGGACAUCGACCUGUACUGGCUUUGCAUUUGAUGGCUCAGGGGCUUUAUAAUCACACAUCGAUGCCAAUAUUCAACAGGCAAUAG